AUGCGAGCAGCCCCGCCCCGGGACCGGCACCGCCCACGGGAGCGGCCCCCGAGACCGGGACCGCCCCCCGGGACCGGCACCGCCCCCGAGACCGGACCGGGACCGCCCCCGGGACCGGCACCGCCCCCCGGGACCGGCACCGCCCCCGAGACCGGACCGGGACCGCCCCCGGGACCGGCACCGCCCCCGAGACCGGGACCGCCCCCCGGGACCGGCACCGCCCCCGAGACCGGGACCGCCCCCCGGGACCGGCACCGCCCCCGAGACCGGACCGGGACCGCCCCCCGAGCCCCGAGACCGGGACCGCCCCCCGGACCGGCACCGCCCCCGAGACCGGGACCGGGACCGCCCCCUGGGACCGGGACCGCCCCCCGGGACCGGCACCGCCCCCGAGACCGGACCGGGACCGCCCCCCGGGACCGGCACCGCCCCCGAGACCGGCACCGCCCCCGAGACCGGGACCGGCACCGCCCCCCGGGUCUGGCCCCGCCCACUCCCCCUCUUUGUCCCCGCCCCUGGGCACGCCCACCAAAGUCCCGCCCCCUCAUUGACAGACAGCGGGUUCAGGGGCGGGGCUCGGGCGCACGGGCCCGCCCACUGAUGAGUGACAGCGGGUGGAGCCAAUCAAACCCCGCGAAGGCGCCCGGGUGUUCCCGCCCACCGCGGAGAUCCCCGCGCGUCGCGUGGAGAGGGAAAUAG